CAUGAGGACCAGGCAUGUGAACUUGCUGAUCGCGCUCGUCGCCGUCUUGCUCUUCAGUUUCUCCUGCUUCUGCAUCUCCAGGAUGACUCACACCAGUAAUCAAUUAACUAAUUGUAGAAACCGUAUUUCGGAGUUUAAGGAAACUAUACUACGUUUAAAAAACAAAACGGAAAUAAAUCGCCAGGAGCUGAUUAAAGCCUUCAAUCAAAUGAAGUAUGAAAUUGCAGAGAGAGAAGAUGCAUCGCUAAACUCAGUUAAGAAGAAAGUGAAUGCAUUGAAUAAGAAUGAAACAGUGUCUAAUGCAUUUGAAGUCUUAAGGUUCUUUUUCCCCCAUCUAAGGAAAGUAGACAGAAUUUAUCCUGAUGUAAUCAUUGGCAAAGAGAAAACAGGCGUUUCUUUUGCGCUGGGUAUUUCCACCGUUAACAGAGGAAAUCAUAGUUACCUGAAGCAAACGCUGACCUCUAUCAUCUCCAGGAUGACUUUAUCAGAAGAGAAGGACUCUGUCGUGAUUGUCUCUGUUGCAGAUAGUAACGAAGAUUAUUUAAAAUCUGUGGUUGACAUGAUUACAAAAAAAUUCAAAAGGCAACUGAUGUCUGGGUCCUUAGAAGUCAUUUCAAUACCUGCUUAUUUUCAUCCAAACAUAUCACAUGCCAAGCAAUCAACUGAUGACUCAGAAAAAUUAGAGAGUUGGCAAAUCAAACAAGUAUUAGAUUUUUGCUUUUUGAUGCUGUAUGCCCAACCCAAAGCUAUGUAUUACUUACAGCUAGAAGAUGAUAUCUUAGCUAACAAGAUGUACCUUACAAAAAUCACAGAUUUUGUACAUAACAUCACUUCAAAUAAUUGGUUUUAUAUUGAGUUUUCCGUACUUGGAUUUAUAGGUAAUAUAUUUCAUUCAGAGUAUAUAUAUAUCACAUACUAUGUAAAAUAUUUGGUGUUUAUCAUGUUUGUACCUGUUUAAAAGUUACAUAAAUGGUGAUGUGAUAAGCCUAUUCCUGCCUUACAUUUUUGUCCUCAAAACUAGAUUUUAUAACUGUCAAUAUGUUGCUUUAUGUUCAGUUCAUUUUUCUUACUGCUGCCUAAGUGCUACAUAAUAAUCCAUUUGACUUACCCAUUCCCAGAUUGGUGGACCUUGGCUGCUUCCAGCUGUCUGCUGCCACAAAGAAAUGGAGUGACAUAUAUGUCUCCUGGGAUGGGAUCACUGAGGGCAAACACCUGGAUUCAUGAGGGCAGAGAGGGUCUCUAGAGCUUUAAGACAGACUUGCAAGCCAUCCUCAUAGCUUUGCCCCAUAUUCACCUCCAUUUCUAGCAGUACUGGGGUGUUUUUGCCCUGCAGAUUGCUUCUCUGUCUCUCACUGGCAGCUUGAGAUACAGUUGUCUCAGACAUCCUUCAUUUUGUUUCCUUUGUCUUCUUUCCCAUUCUGUUUGUAAUGUCAUGUUUUUAAAUGGCCCUCAAUGUUAUUAUGUUCAGUGUGAGUGCAAGAAACAGUGAAGGUAGAUACUUGCAUCUCAUUCACCAUCUUAUUAGGCAGACUACUAGUUCAUUCUUGAACUUUUACUCUUCAGUCUAUUUGUUUUUAAACUUCAGAAAGCAAAAUUUUCAUUUC